ACAGACAGUGUGAAUUAGGCACUAAGCUGUUUGCAUGUCAGCCGUUACAUAUCAGUGUGUUGAUCUGUGGAUCUGUUCACGUCCGUGCACCGCAGCAGCAGCAGCCGUUGGCCGCGCGCAUCUGUCUGCAGGAGCAGGCACACAGACCUGGCGAUGAUGGCGGACUGUGUUGGCUUUCAAGCGCAAAUCGCCUCUAUUAUAGAGAUAUUGGCCAAUUCGGCGGUGACAGAGAUCUGCAAACUGGUGGACGAUAGCUACGCGGCUCUGCGCUCCCAGAUGGACCAGGAGCGGGAGAGGAGCGAGAAGGAAAACAAUGUCCUGCGGCAGAAACUGCGAGACAUGGACGUGAAAAUGCGGAGCUACGAGAGGAAAAUGAGAAGACGGAGCCAGCGGGAGGAAAUGCACGCCGUUCAUUUUAGGCUACCCGAAGGAUGUGAGGACCAUCAGCCUGUGGUGCCACCUCUUCCCACCGCCUCUGAAGACAAACCCUUCCAUCACAUUUCAAAGCAGGAGGACAUCAACGUGCCACUAGUGAAGCAGGAGAAAAUGGAGCGAGACGACUGCAACCUGGACCUCAAAGUGGAGGUCAACAUCAGGGCAGAGUGUGGCCUGUCUACUGCCCUGGGGCCCAGUGAAGAACCUCCCUCUGAUGUUCUCAACACCAGUGUCACCAAUGUCACCUCAUCCACCACCCCACCCUCAUCCUCCCCCACUGACGCCACAAUGGACCUGACCUGCAGGCCUCGAGCAAAACGCAAAGCCACCAAGCCUCUGACAGUCAGCAGUGGGGGGGUCCCAGCCCCCGAAUCUGCUCACAGAGACCUUGUAGGGAGCCAAACAGAUGGGGCUCUGAAGCCAGAGAUACAGACAGAUGAUAAUUCACAAAAUGAACUUCAUCCAUCUCAGCUGUCGGCCCCUGUAGCCUCUGAUGAGCCCAGUCCUGACCGCCUCAACAGCCUGGGCCUAGACCUCGCCUGGAUGCAGGAAAGGGUCAGCCAUCUUGGUGCAGCAUAUGCAGUAGCACAGCUGGGUUUGGGGAACACAGAAACUGGCCACCCCUCAGCCUCCUUCCCCUCACAGGGAGGAGGAGACAGUCUAGAUGGCCCUCCAACCAUGCUCUUCACAGGCGGCGCUCAUGAAAUGGCUGCUUUUGCUGCCUCCUUUGACAUUGCUGCUGCUGCCGCCGCUGCUGCUGCUGUAGUAGCGCCACCGCCUCCGCCACCGCCUCCACCACCUCCGCCUACAGCACCUUCUGCCACCACCACCAGCCAGAGGCGGCCUUACAGGAGCAGCGCUGCUGCAACUAAAGAACCUGUGGUGUGCGCUGUGUGCGGCCGUGUCUUCCCAAGUGCAGCCGCCCUGGAGCUGCACCAACGGGUGCACACAGGGGAGAGACCCUUCACCUGUCCCCAUUGUGGAAAGGGCUUUGCCCAGCCCAACAACCUGCGGGUCCACCUCCUCAUCCACACUGGGGAGAGGCGUUAUCGAUGUACGCUGUGUGGGAAGAGUUUCAUCUCGUCCAGCCACCUGAAAAGGCAUCGCACAGUUCACACACAGGAGAAGCCCUACAGCUGUUCACGCUGUGGACAGUCCUUCAGCCAAAUGUGUAGCGUUCGCAGACACCGGCAACAGUCCCAGUGUGGCCUGUAGACUGCUGUAGACUGACUGCUGAGGGAAGUGGAUGGCAUCUGGAAGUGAUCCUCGUACAGUCUGGACUCUAAAGGGCGAGUGAUUGAAAUCCCUUUGUAUGGGAAUUCUUGCAUCGUGUGUAAGCAUGAAAAAAUGAGAAGGGAGGCUGUGUCCUGUGAUAUCAUGGCACGUAGAGUUGAUAUUUGUCCUAAAUCAUAACAGUCAUAUGUAUAUUCUGUUUAAAGGUCUUUUUCCACUGUCUCAACCUUUUCUUACUCCCUGUUUCAAACUGAGAGAGGAUCACAGGGUGGACCACAAAAGAGUGCCUCAGACAGUGUUGAUAACACUUAAUCUAUCCAUUUGUCAUUAAUGGUCUUGUUUGUGACGAUGGGGUUUACAUAUGUAACCCUCAUGGGCUUAUCCAGGAGGGAGAGGGUCAUAGUUUAUCUUUGGUCAUUUUGGUUGAUGAUGACGGCACAUAGCCAUCAAGCCAGUGUAACUGAACUGCCCACUGACCUCCUGGUCAGAACCAUAUUUGUAACACCUGCCAGGCAUAGUGUGUAAGUAAUAAGCUGAGUUAUAAUAAAAUUUACUGUUAAAAUUCAUCAGAUGUUAAGCACCUGCUACUAACAAAAUCUAUUCUUGCCUUAUUCUACUGUGAUUUAUAAAACCAGAUUCACAUUUCUAAUCACUUCCAGCUUUUGUUUGUUUUAGGACUGCUGGUACUCCAAGAAAAAAAAUCUCACACUUUAAAGUGUUAAUAUGAAAGUGUGUGGAGUUCUGAAUGACGUAUUUAUGUUUUUGGUGCGACUAACCACGUCCUGGACCUACCUCUGUAGUGGACACAAAUUAUUUAUUGUAUAUCUUCCUUUCUGACUGUGGGUAAGACGACAAGUAAGUGUAUUCUGCAAAAUUUCAGACUCUUCCUUUAAAGCACUUUAAAUGUUUCCAUAACUAAAUGUUAAAGCCACGGGCAAAAUUUGGAGGCAUUGAUUUCUUUCUUUAGUUCCAUGAUUUAUUUAUCAAAUAUAGUCCACUUUGUUAAUCAUAUUGCUACAGAAUCAUUAAUGACAGGCCUUUCAGAGAUAGUCUGUGUUGAAUGGUAAAUGUUGCAACUUGAAUAAAUCUUGUAGUGCAGGCCUGCAAAUUCUCAUGUAUGAUUUUGUUCAUGUUAACAUUUGUCCCAGACAAACUGACCUCUAGGUUUCCAGAAUUGGGAAGUGAAAUCAGAAUAUUUAAUUUUUUAGGUACAAAGCCCAAUUGAUGUAGGCCUGCAAUGUUUUAAUCCCCUUUUCUCAACCUUUCACUUUGAAGCCUGAGUUGUCACAGUCUUGUUAAUGUUAAGCAUUCUUUGCUCUCAAUUAAAUAUCAAAGAACAAAGGAAUGUAAAAAGAUGUAAAGUAAAAACCAUAUAUAUCAAAGUCUUGUUUGUAUGUGUAGGUGUUUGGAUGUAAUUGGCACCAGCUAUAGGGUGCACAGCUAAAACAAAUAUUUUGCCUUUUAGUAUUCUUUCAUGACAUGUUCCAGUAUUCAAAAUGUAUGGGUAUCAUUAAACAUGUAAAUGGUUUGCAAUGAACUUGGCUGUGUUGUGGGC